AUGCCUGGGAAAAGAAUUUGGGUUCUCCUGCUACUGCAGCUGAAUUGUUACUUUAGCUCUGGAAGCUGUGGGAAAGUACUGGUGUGGCCGAUGGAAUACAGCCCCUGGAUAAAUAUGAAGGUAAUCCUGGAUGAACUCAUCUUGAGGGGUCAUGAAAUAACAGUUGUGAGACCAUCAUCUGCUAUUUUUGUUGGUAGCAAUGAAUCAUACAGCAUCAAAUUUGAAACUUUCCCUUCAUCCUUCAAUACUGAUGAAUACAUGGGUGUUUUCUCACAAUUGACAAAUUUGUGGGCAUAUGAAUUGUCAAGAACAACAUGUUUGGCAUAUUUGCCGUUACUGGAGAACCUAUUUAUGAAAUUUUCUGAUAUUUGGCUCAAUAUUUGUAAAGAAGCAGCUUUGAAUAAGGAACUGAUGGCAAGGCUACGAAAAGCAAGGUUCGACAUCGUGAUUGCAGAUGCCAUUGGUCUUUUUGGGGAGCUUCUGUCUGAGCUCUUGGAGAUUCCUUUGCUGUACACUCUCCGCUUCCAUCCUGGCUACACAACAGAAAAGUAUAGUGGAGGCCUUCUGGUCCCUCCUUCUUAUGUGCCUGUCAUGUCAGGAUUAAGUGGUCAGAUGACGUUCAUGGAGAGGGUGGAAAACUUCAUAUGCAUGCUGUAUUUUGACUUUUGGUUUGAGACAUUUAAAUCAAAGAAGUGGAGUAACUUUUACAGUGAAGUUUUAGGACACCUCACUACCUUAUUGGAGAAAAUGAGUAGAGCAGACAUCUGGCUUAUUCGAUCCUACUGGGACUUGGAAUUCCCUCACCCUACUUUACCAAGUUUUGACUUUGUUGGAGGACUCCACUGCAAACCUGCAAAACCCUUGCCUACGGAAAUGGAAGAUUUUGUGCAAAGCUCUGGGGACAAUGGUGUGGUGGUGUUUUCUUUAGGGUCAAUGAUUGAUAACCUAACAGAUGACACUGCCAAUGUAAUUGCAUCAGCACUGGCACAAAUUCCACAAAAGGUGAGAUGUAGUUCCUCAGUAGUGGUCUCCACUGUAUGGGACAUAAACUCUUAUGUUCCUUUCACUGCCUCAUAUUAUACCUUAUCACUAAGAAGUUUAAUGAACAAUUUUAUUGAAAUUCACCUAAUCGUAGGUCAUUCAAAAACAAAAGCCUUCAUCACUCACGGUGGAGCUAAUGGCAUCUACGAGGCCAUCCAUCACGGGGUUCCCAUGGUGGGCAUUCCUUUGUUUGGGGAACAACGUGAUAACAUUGCUCACAUGGUGGCCAAAGGAGCAGCUGCGCAACUGGAUAUAAGAACACUGUCAAGUAAAGACUUGCUCAGAGCACUGGAAACCGUCAUUAACAACCCUCUCUGUAAAAAGAACGCUAUAUGGCUAUCAACCAUUCACCAUGAUCAGCCUAUGAAGCCUCUGGACCGAGCUAUCUUCUGGAUCGAAUUUGUCAUGCGCAACAAAGGAGCCAAGCACCUGAGGCCACUUGCGCACAAUCUCACCUGGUAUCAGUACCACUCUCUGGAUAUCAUUGGCUUCCCCCUGGCCUGUGUGGCCACCGUUCUUUUCCUUGUCACAAAAUGUUGGUUGCUUGUUUACCAAAUGGUUGUUAAGAUGGGAAAGAAGAAAAAGAGGGAGUAG